AUGUCCAUUGAGAAAUUGAAGAUCUUGGAGAAAGCACCGUGGGAAUUGAAUAGUAAGGAAAAAAUUGAGGUGGCUGGGAGGAAGAAAGAAGAAGGAAAUGUAUUAUUUAAAGAUGGCAAUUAUCAGCGAGUAGGGAAGAAGUAUGAAAAGGCUGCUGAUUUUGUUACUAAAGAUGGAUCUUUUGUUGAUGAUGAGAAAAAGGAAGCUAAGGCAGUGAGAGUGUCAUGCUGGUUGAAUUGUGCAGCUUGUAGCCUUAAACUUAAUGACUUUUCUGAGGCAAUCAAGCUAUGUUCAUAGGUGCUUGAUGUUGAAUUUUGCAAUGUGAAAGCCUUCUACAGACGAGCACAAGCAUAUAUAGAAACUAGUGACUUCCUUUUAGCAGAUGUAGAAAUCAAGAAAGCUCUCGAGGUGGACCCACAAAACAGGGAGGUAAAGGUAAUUCAGAAGAAGUUGAAGCAACUUCAAGCUGACAGUGACAAAAAGGAUGCUAAUCUAUACGAAAACAUGUUUGCCCGUAAAACAAAGGACUCGUCUAUGGCUAUAAAGAGAUUAAAGGUUGAGAAAGAUGAGAGGGAAAAUGAAGAGGUUGCUAGAAUGGGAAUGGACGAAGUGGCUGAUAGCACAGUGAUUUAA